AUGUUUUCCUUGGCCAAAAACCCACCAAGUCAUCUCCAAGUUCGAAGCAUUCAGCAAACAGUGGCAAGACAGGUCCACCAGAAAAGGGCACCUGAUUUCCAUGACAAAUAUGGUAAUGCUAUAUUAGCAAGUGGAUCCAUUUUCUACAUUACUGUAUGGGCAUAUACAGCAACACAAGUUGGAAUAGAACAGAACUUGUCACCUGUUGGCAGAGUCACCCCAAAGGAGUAG